CAGUGUAAAAAAGAAAACAGAAUGGAUUUGGGAAGGAGAAAAUCAGCAUGUUUCUUUAUUUUGGUUGCCUUUCAAUUGGCUUCCACUUCGACGAUCGUAUCAACGGAAUCCAGCACCAGCAUGUCACCAACCACUGGUGCAUCAACAUCAGCCGUUGGUUCUACAACAACAGCUGUUGUUUCUACAACCACUGGAGGGUCAACAACCACUGGAGGGUCAACCAUCACUACUGGAUUAACAAUUGGUGGAUCAACAACAAUAGGAGGAACAAUCACCACUGGAGGUUCAACCAUCACUACUGGAUCAACAACUGGUGGAUCAAUAACAACUGGAGGAUCCAUAACACCUGGAGCAUCAUCAUCAACCACACAAGAAACUCCGACUAUUACAACAACUACCAGUUCUCCAACAACUACUGCUGGAUUAUCAACUACCACUGGAGGAUCAACAACCACUCGAGGAUCCACAACGACUACAGGACCAACAACAACUGCAGAAUCAACAACCACUGGAGGAUCAACAACCACUGGAGGAUCCACAACGACUACAGGACCAACAACAACAACUGCAGAAUCAACAACCACUGGAGGAUCAACCAUCACUACUGGAUCAACAAUUGGUGGAGCAACAACCUUAGAAGGCAUUAUCACCACUGGAAGUUCAACCAUCACUACUGGAUCAACAACUGGUGGAUCAAUAACAACUGGAGGAUUCACAACAACUGGAGCAUCAUCAUCAACAACACAAGAAACUCCAACCACUACAACAACUACCAGUUCUCCAACAACCACUGCUGGAUUAUCAACUACCACUGGAGGAUCAACAACCACUGGAGGGUCAGCAACCACUGGAGUAUCAACGACCACUGCAGUACCAACAACCACUGAAGGAUCAACAACCACUGAAGUACCAACAACAACUGGAGAAUCAACAACCACUGAAAGAUCAACAACCACUGGAGGGUCAACCAUCACUGGAGGAUCAACAACCAUUGCAGUACAAACAACCACUGCAGUACCAACAACCA